CACAGGGCCACACCAUAACAUCGCAAUACUAGCUAGCUACACGGCACACAAAUUCAGCAACAAUGGCUCUAGCUGCCUGGAGGAGGAGGAAGAACAGCACGGCGGAAGCCGCCGUCCAGAGCAGGUACUUCGUCCUCGCCGGUACCAGCGACGGCGAGAGGAUCCCGAAGGGGUACGUUCCGAUAGUGUUGGUCGGCGACGGCGACGAGGGAUGCACGGAGGAGAGGGUCCUGGUGCACGUCGCCAUGCUCAAGGAGCCGUGUAUGGAGGGGUUGCUGGAGAUGGCCGCGCAGCAGUUCGGGUACGGCCAACAGGGCGUGCUCAGGAUCCUCUGUGACGCGCGGCAGUUCCACCAGAUGAUGGUUAGCGUCCACAGCAAAUCCAGAUGA